GUUUGGAAGUUGUAAAUAUCUGUGUAAAGUGGGGAAAAAUGUAGGAGAGGAUUGAUCAACAGGACAGUAUGGCCACCACUGUUGCUGUCAGUCCCAGCGAGUACCUACAACCCUCUGCCACCUCUGUACAGGAUUCCCAGCCCUCUCCACUGGCCCUUCUGGCUGCUACUUGCAGUAAAAUUGGCCCCCCUGCAGCCCAGGCACCUGUCAGCAGCCCUCCUGCUCAGCCUACCACCCGUCGCCUGCUGCCCAUUAAGCCUGCACCCAUCGCCCCUGCACCCCCAAAAAACCUUGGUUUUCUGUCUACAAAGAGCAAUGUGAUCCAGUUGCCAGCGGGCCUUGCUUCCUCCAGCCCUAGUGGUCCGAUCCUGCUCACCAUCCAGAAUCCAGCCCGUCCUGCCACCACCAACAUCCAGUACCAAGUGGUGCCACAGCUACCAGGUGCAUGUGGGCAGGCUAUCCAGAUGGUACCCCAGGGUGGACAGAUCCAGAUAAUCCCAGGCACCAAUCAGGCCAUCAUCACUUCCCCCAUGACAGUUCCAGCUCUGCCAGUUCCUGCCACCCCACAGAAGGCACUGGCUAUUAAGCCCUCUGUGCAGAAGCGCCGGCAGAACAGCACCAAUGUGGUGCGGCUGCCGGGGGGGCUCACACUUCCCCUCAAUGUGACUGCUGGUGAGGGAGGGGGAGCCCAAAUCACUGCAGAGGCCGCACCUGCCCCUCAGGCUAAAGCCACCCGAAGGGGCCGCAAGAAGCUUGCAGCUGCCUCACAGCCCAUUCCACCAGCAUCCUCCCCACCCCCUGCUGUGGCUGUGGCUGAGCAAGUGGAGACGCUGCUGAUUGAGACGACCGCCGACAACAUAAUCCAGGCAGGAAACAACCUCCUGAUUGUGCAGAGCCCAGGCUCAGGUCAACCAGCUGUGGUGCAGCAGGUUCAGCUGGUCCAACAGAAGUCUGAUCAGCAGGUGGUACAGAUACCCCCACAGGCUCUCAAGGUGGUGCAGGCAGCCUCUGCGACUCUGCCACCAGUUCCACAGAGACAGCCCACUCCCAGCCAUCAGAUGGCCUCAGCUGAGCCCACACAGGUGAUAAUUAAGACAGCAUCAGGAGAAUGGCAGACAGUACAGCUGCAGGAGACUACAGUGUCUACACCAGCACCCCCUCCCAGCUCAGGCACAAUCAGCCUGCCCUCAGCUGGGGGUGGCAAGAGAGUCGUGUCAGGAGGGCGUAAGGAAAGAACUUUCCCCAAGAUUGCCCCUGCAGGAGGCCUGAUUGCACUUAAUGCAGCCCAGCUCUCCUCUGCAGCACAAGCUGUGCAGACCAUCAACAUCAAUGGAGUGCAAGUACAAGGUGUGCCUGUCACCAUCACCAAUGCAGGGGGCCAGCAGCAUCUGACUGUGCAGACUGUCCAGGGCAGCGGGUUGCAGCUGGGUGGGGUGAGCGGCUCUCAGGGUCACCAGCUGCAGGUAGAGCAAGCCUUGGCACUGGAGAUCCAGGGGCAGCCAGGUGAAAAGAAACGACGCAUGGCCUGCACCUGCCCAAACUGCAAAGAUGCCGAGAAAAGACCCGGGGAGAUGGGGAAGAAGAAGCACAUUUGUCACAUUGCGGGCUGUGAGAAAACUUUCCGCAAGACCUCGCUGCUGCGAGCACAUGUACGCCUGCACACCGGGGAGCGGCCCUUCGUUUGUAACUGGGUUUUCUGUGGAAAGCGGUUCACACGUAGUGAUGAACUGCAGCGCCAUGCCAGAACACACACAGGAGACAAGCGCUUUGAAUGUUCACAGUGUCAGAAGCGCUUCAUGAGAAGUGACCAUCUCACCAAGCAUUACAAAACACACAUAAAUACUAAGAACUUGUGAUAACAAAUUUCUAUAUCUAAAAGCAUUGUGUAUACAAAGCUGAAUAUACACACUCUCAUGAACUUCAAAACUCCACAGGGGUCUGGGAAGAAGCAGUUGUGUCCCUCAUGGGGUGUGUUGCCGAAGUUCGCUGCCAUAUCUGUUACCAUGCAGUGGGGCACAUUCACCAGUCCUUCCCUCCAGACUCGAACUGCUUCAUUGUUGUUGUAAUUUUUGUUUGACAGCAGUCUCUUUGUACAAAAAAAUGUGAGGACCGCGCAGCCGCAGAUUUGCACUAAGGCCGGUAUUUUUCCACCUAGCGCAGUGUCCAAUCACACCACUGGCCCUUGCAAGAGAACUCACAGUCCCACUCUAGGAUUCUGAAAGAAUGCCUUUUUACCAUCAGUUGUGAACUGAUUCACAUCCCCCAACCCCCAUUUUCAUUGUGUUUUUACCAUUAGAACAAAGUUGACAAGAGAAAUAUUUGUAGUGUUCUUAUCCAGUGCAGUUUAAUGUUCUCCCAGGUUGAGAUUAGCCAACGUUUUAAGGACAGUUUAACCUUUUGUUUAUUUAUUUAUUUACACUGACACACACACACACACACACACACACACA